AAAUCAAAUGAAAAUCAAGAGUAAUUAUGGAAUUAAAUGUUUUAAUAUGUAACCUCAUUAAUAUACAUAUCCUAGUUUGAUCAAAACCAAAAAAAACCCUGGUAAAUAAUACCAAAAAAGAAAAAAAGAAUUGGAAAAUUGAUCUUCCGGCGAUCUGAAAACCCCCAAGCUUGAAUUUUUCUAAGUAAUUCGUGCUUUUCGAAAUCUGUAUUAUUCUAUAUAUCAAUGGCUGCCCCGUUCUUCUCGACGCCGUUUCAACCAUUUGUUUAUCAGAGUCCGCAAGAUGCAGUAACACCUUUUCAAAUUCUGGGCGGUGAAGCUCAGAUUGUUCAGAUUAUGUUGAAGCCACAAGAAAGGAUUAUUUCAAAACCUGGGUCCAUGUGCUAUAUGUCUGGUUCCAUCCAGAUGGAAAAUAUUUAUGCCACUGAAAAUGAAGCAGGCGUUUGGCAAUGGCUUUUUGGAAAGACUAUUACAAGCAUAGUUCUUUACAAUACAGGUACAACUGAUGGAUUUGUCGGAAUAGCUGCUCCUUCUCUGGCAAGAAUCCUUCCGAUUGAUUUAGCGAAGUUUGGAGGUGAAAUCUUAUGCCAGCCAGAUGCAUUUCUCUGCUCCAUUAAUGAUGUCAAAGUCAGUAAUUCCAUCGACCAAAGGCCACGUAACCUAGUUGCUAAUGCAGAGGGAUUCUUAAGGCAGAAGAUAUCAGGCCAAGGGCUUGCAUUUGUAGUCGGAGGUGGUUCUGUUGUACAGAAAAAUCUCGAGGUGGGUGAAGUACUUGCUGUUGAUGUGCCAAGCAUUGUUGCAGUAUCAUCAACUGUCAAUGUUCAAAUAAAAUACAAUGGAGCCAUGAGAAGGGUGGUAUUUGGGAAUGAUAAUAUCGUAACAGCUGUUCUAACGGGGCCUGGUAUUGUAUUUAUUCAAAGCAUGCCUUUUCAUCGGCUUUCACAACGCAUUGCUAGGGCGGUAACAUCUCCAAACAUGAGGGACAAUCCCAAAUUCUUCAUUCAGAUAGCAAUUUUCUUCUUUCUAGCUUAUGUUGUUGUUGUGUCAUCAUUGAUCUUGACAGAUAUUUGAACUUUUCACUUUCCAUUUUCACAAAAUUCUGUAGAUUGUUCGUUGCGACUCUAGUCUUUUUUGGGGGAUUGACAGGCAUGUGAAUGUUAAUUACAGAUAUAGAGUAACAGUAAACAGGGCUAUGACUUUCUCUCAAUUGUGGCAUAGUUUGGUAUAGAAAACUGUAAAAGCAAUGGAAAGUGCUCGCUUGUAUAAUGUAUUUGAAACUUCCAAUCAUAGCUGGACGGUUUUUCUGAUAAUCUGUCUGUUGAUUAUA